AUGAUGAAGAUGAGGAUGAUGAAGGUGCGGAUGAUGAGGCUGAAGAUGAGGACGAUGAAGUUGAGGAUGAAGAUGAGGCUGAUGAAGAUGAGGCUGAUGAAGAUGAGCAUGAUGAAGAUGAGGCUGAUGAAGGCCUCACCAUCAUCAUCCUCAUCUUCAGCCUCACCUUCGGCCUCACCUUCAUCAUCCUCAUCUUCGGCCUCACCUUCAGCCUCACCUUCAUCAUCCUCAUCUUCGGCCUCACCAUCAUCAUCCUCAUCUUCAGUCUCACCUUCAUCAUCCUCAUCUUCGGCCUCACCUUCAUCAUCCUCAUCUUCGGCCUCACCCUCAUCAUCCUCAUCUUCAUCAUCCUCAUCUUCGGCCUCACCUUCAGCCUCACCUUCAUCAUCCUCACCUUUGGCCCCACCAUCAUCAUCCUCACCUUCGGCCUCACCUUCAUCAUCCUCACCUUCGGCCUCACCUUCGACCUCACCUUCAUCAUCCUCACCUUCGGCCUCACCAUCAUCAUCCUCGUCUUCGGCCUCACCUUCAUCAUCCUCGUCUUCGGCCUCACCAUCAUCAUCCUCACCUUCGGCCUCACCUUCAUCAUCCUCACCUUCGGCCUCACCUUCAUCAUCCUCAUCUUCGGCCUCACCUUCGGCCUCACCUUCAUCAUCCUCUUCUUCGGCCUCACCAUCAUCAUCCUCACCUUCGGCCUCACCUUCGGCCUCACCUUCAUCAUCCUCACCUUCGGCCUCACCUUCGACCUCACCUUCAUCAUCCUCUUCUUCGGCCUCACCAUCAUCAUCCUCGUCUUCGGCCUCACCUUCGGCCUCACCAUCAUCAUCCUCGUCUUCGGCCUCACCUUCAUCAUCCUCACCGUCGGCCUCACCUUCAUCAUCCUCAUCUUCGGCCUCACCUUCGGCCUCACCAUCAUCAUCCUCGUCUUCGGCCUCACCUUCGGCCUUACCAUCAUCAUCCUCAUCUUCGGCCUCACCUUCGGCCUCACCUUCAUCAUCCUCACCUUCGGCCUCACCUUCAUCAUCCUCGUCUUCGGCCUCACCUUCAUCAUCCUCACCUUUGGCCUCACCAUCAUCAUCCUCAUCUUCGGCCUCACCUUCAUCAUCCUCGUCUUCGGCCUCACCAUCAUCAUCCUCACCAUCGGCCUCAUCCUCAUCAUCCUCAUCAUCUUCAUCCUCCUCAAUUUCAUCAAAAUCCUCAUCAUAUUGA